GCAGAACGACGAGGAGGUGCCCGCUACCGGCGCGGAGCUGUACGAAGUAGAUGGAACGGAUGAGGAGGAGGUCGAAGCCACGGCUGCCGUGGCAGCAGAAGAAGAAGCAGACGAGGAGGAGGCGUUGCUGCUGCUGCUGGCGCUGCUCUUGUCAGGUGCCACGGGCUCCUGCCGCUGGUGGUCCGGUCCUGGGGCCAUUUUCAUAGCGAUCGACACGACGAGCACGGCGCUGCUGCGGCGGCGGUGGCGGCGGCUGCUGCCCUGAUGUGUGCUAUCUUUUUUUCUCUCUCUCUCUCUCUCUCUCUCACUCACAGUCUUCUACUAUAGUACUAUCACUACUACUACUACUAUCACUACGACUACUGCUCGUCAUCACUAUAGCAGCUCAAUGAUGUCUCUGUCUCUAUUCGCACUCACACUCUCGCAGUCUGAAGUUGAGUCUCUCUCUGUCUAGUCUUCGGCUGCUCGACAAUACGGGACGAUGCACUGCAGCGGCUCUUCCCUUCGGCCCGGGCUUUACACAUAAAUUCGGAUAUGUACACGGGAGCACGAAGCUGAUCAGGGAAUCGUCGUCGUCUUCGUAGUAGUGGUCGUCGGCGAGAAGUCUCUGCUGCUUGUCGACGGCUGCAUCUUUUGCUGCCACUGCUACUGCUGCUGCUGCUGCUGCUGCUGCUGCUGCUGCUGGCUAACGGCCACCGGCGGGGUGGGGAAGAAACCGAGUCAAGGUCAUCGGGAGGCCGCCGACGAUGACGACGGUGGCGGUAGCUCCUCGUGCAUCAGCGACCCGUCGACAACACCGUCGCGCAUCCCGAACCGACGCACUGCACUGGCGCAGUCCUCUUCCUCUCUUCUCUUACUCCACAAACACACACAUACACGACACUCGAGCCCUUCUCGGCUGCGCGCACACGAUGCACACGGAAUCUCCGCACUGUGCUCCUCCACCUCCUGGGACAGAGAUAGAGAGAGAGAGAGAGAGACACCUAACCUCACUUUGGACGCGCGCGCGUCGAGUGGCCAGCAGCUCUGUCUCUCUUCCCGGCCGUCUGUCGUCUGCGGAGCUUCUCCUAUUUUUUUUCUCGUGCAGCGCGCACUACCUACUCACGCAACCAGCCAGGAGAGCUGUAUCGUGCGUAUAAUACACCACGAGCAGCGCAGGUAAGAGAGAGACAGACAGAGCGAGAAGUAUAGCUGCGCUGCUCGUCGUCUCUCUUCGCGAUGCAGGCCCUGCGUGCGUGUGUAACACUCGCGCGCGAACGAUCGAUCCCAGCGUGCGCUCCGCUGCCGUGGAGUCCGGCGCUUGUUUACACCUCGCGCUCGCCGAAAACACACACACACAGGCCGCGCAGGAAAAAACACAAGGGUGCAGGCGAGCGAGCGAAAGAGAGGACUCGCUCUCACGCGAUCCCACGACACUGCACACGGGGUAAGAUACGAGACUCGCACUCCGCACACACGCACUCACUCCCUCCCUCGUGUGUAUAUAUAGUACACAGCGGAGAGCUAGCGCAGGCCCGUAAUGAUCGCGCCUCGGCGCCACGUUCCUCCGAGCCUCGAUUUUUCUCUCCUCGGCGCCGACCGCAGCAAGGCCCGCCGCAAGACUGCGAGUCGCGCGAGAACUUAGGCCGCGAGCCUCAUAUCGCCGCGAAGCUCCUUGACGAGGGUACGGAGAGCGAGGACGAGGAGGCCUUCGGUCGAGAGCACCGACGAGGCGCGGGGUGCCGCCGUUUCCAAGAUGGCCGGUGCUGCUACUGCUGCUGGGCUGCUUCUGCUCUCGACGCGACGAUCACCGAGCUGACUUCUCGACGAGGAGCUCGUCGUCCCGGCCGAUACCGCGCACUCUUGUCUCCAUCAUGCUCGGAUUCUCGGAACUCGCGCGCGCGUGUGUGUGCAUACGUGCACCGCCAGCUAUAUACUCUCUCUCCUUUAUACGCGCGCGAGAUGACGAGAGGAGGCUGCUACUGCUGCUCGUCUGUCUUUUUCGCACGCACCCGCGACACUGACUGCGACGGCGAUUUGCGCCGCUGCUGCACGCGCUCUCUAUAUAGGUACUCGCGCCCAGCCCGACGAGUAUAAUAGUGUGCCGCUGCAGAGAGACGGAGUAGCGUUUUCUUCUGGCUAUGCGGGAGCGCUAACUCUCGCAGCUCUUUCUCGACGCUUUAUACUCUGACGGUCGCUGCGACGAUCUGCGCCUGUGCCGAGCAUCGUGCGAAUGCACUUUUUUGAACGUCGGGCUUUCGGAGCUUUUUUUGCGCGAGCUUUUUCUUUACUUUCGUUGGAGUUUAUCGUUUCCGAGUUUGUUCACAUGGCAGCGAUGACACUCUGUUCUUCGAUGUUUCCGAUUGAACUUUUUUUCAGUUAUAAACCCUCUUCAAAAGUACAUCGGAUCAGCUUUCUCCUUGUCUCCCGGGCCCGCGGAGUAACGUAACGUAUACGUACACACAAUUGCGAGAGCCGCCGACACCUGCGCGCGGCAACCCCUCGCGUUCAGCGAUAGAAUAUAUAGCAGCCGCGGCAGCUGGCCAUCAUCAGACAACGGUUCAUCCGUCGCGGGAUGUAUAUGUAGGUCCCGAAAUCGUCCUCGCGAAUAAGCCAGUCGUUGACAGCUUAUCGAUCGCGUUGUAUAGCACACAAUACAGCCCCUUCGUGUUACACUGAUGCAGAGUUUAUCGUCUCCUUCUUUCCAAGCGCUUUAUCGAAUCUCGGCUUCUGAACGUUGUAUAUUACAAAUAACGACGUCUCCUAACGAUAAGAGCUGCACGCGUCGUUGCAAAGCCGACGUUCGACAAACAGAUUCUCUCCUCUUUGUUAGCGAUGAUACAGUUACACGCACACACGUGCGUCUAUAUCGCGUUGCUCUUUGCCAUUCGAUUAGCUAUGUCUGGGACGUCGUCGCGCCUGUGCUACUCCUGUGCUGCUUCCGUCGACGCAAGCUUCCUCUCUCUCUCUCUCUCUCUCUCUCUCUCUCUCUCUCUCUCUCUCUCUCUCUCUCUCUCUCUCUCUCUCUCUCUCUCUCUCUCUCUCUCUCUCUCUCUCUCUCCUCUCUCUCUCUCUCUCUCUCUCUCUCUCUCUCUCUCUCUCUCUCUCUCUCUCUCUCUCUCUCUCUCUCUCUCUCUCUCUCUCUCUCUCUCUCUCUCUCUCUCUCUCUCUCUCUCUCUCUCUCUCUCUCUCUCUCUACGCUUGACGGAAGUGCCGCGCAGGUAAACCCAUGUCGCUCUAAAAAAAUUCAGCCGACUUUUACUCGUAUAUUAUAACGAUGAGCAUUUUAUUAUUACACUCGGCGCAGCUGCAGGCGCUCGACUGUGCAGCCCUGCGGUGCACACAGCGCCUAUAUACCUAUAUGUAUUUUCGCGCAGGUACUUACUUCCGCGUCGGCUAUACGUAUAACAACACGCGCGGCGGAGCUCCCUCUUCCGAGAGCCGGGAAUGAAUGACUCGCUGCGCGCGCGAGUGUGUGGGUGCGGGCGCGUGAGGAGCUGGACGCGUCGCUAAAUUAGCCGAGGGGAAGAAACGCCGGGGUUAUAUUGUAUACGUGUUUAAUACGUAGGUGAGAGAGCAGGCGCGGAUAACCGCUGAAAAUGUCGUCUGCGCUGGAAUAUAUAGCACAGAGACGACAGGGCCGUAAUGAAAGUAUACAGUUUGGGGAUGGUGUAAGACACAGUGUUUAUAUACAUGUACAGUACGAAAAUAAAUUGCGCCUGGGAAUUUCGCGUCGAGUGAUUUUUACGACCGGCUGUACGCGCGCGGACACAUUGUAUGGAGAUUGCUCGACGAGAGCGAGCAUACAAUGAAUAGAUAAACGCGACAAGUUCGCGACGGACAGUUGCUUACUUUUGCGGCUCCUCUUUGUUUCUCUACAGGGUUUUGUUUGCGAGGAAAGUUAAGGGGGGUUGAGUCUACUUAAAGUUGUUCAAGAGAAAUGUAAUCACUUGGUUUGAGAAUUUUGCAUGCAUUGUUAAGGACGAACUGUUCGAGAUCGACGUCUAAUGUGUGUGGGACAAAGGGUGCUGACAAUAAAGCGGGUGUGUAUUGUAUAAUAGACGAUUGAAUGAUUAAAUUCAUCAGUAUAAUGAGCGUCAUUGCGCUUUGUUAAAUGCGAUGUAGGACUGUGUUCUCUGCUUUUGUUUGAUAAUUGCGUUAUGUAAGUUACUGUAUAAAACUUUUCGUUGUAGAGUUUUUUCAAAAGCUGCACCUAAUACGAUUAUUUUGUAAUAAAAACGUGAAGUUCUCUACGUUUUACUCUCAGUUAAAAACGAAAUUCAUCGUUUCAUUUAUACGCAGGAGUCAUUGAAGUUUCAAUGUUUGAGUUUUCUUUGAAUAAAUUAGUCGUUAUUUUCAAAGAAAACUUUGAAAAACAUAAAAAAUACCUGAUCUAUAUGAUAAAUAAUUUUUUAUCACGCGUACGUUAUGCAGUUAUACGUUUGGUUAUUAAUAUAACUGUAUAAUGAAACGGCAUGCGUAAUUGUUUGUUUAUUUUAGGUCGUUCAUCAGUUCGCAUUUAAUGAGACACAAGCACGAUACAGCUGCGAUGGUUGUAUUGCAAAUUAGUAAUCGAAGAGUGUAAAUAGCCAUCAAACGUAUAAUACAAGUAAUAAUUAUAUGUUCGUAUUCUGUGUUCUACUUUUCCCAACUAUAUGUAACCUUGGACGUCGAAUUAUUAUAUCAAACCAUAAAGAAAUAUUAGUUUAUCUUUAUGAUAAAAUAGAACAUUUGUUGAAAAAUUUUGCAAUAUUCAGUAAAACUAGUUUAAAUAUUCCGCACAUGAAUAAUUCAAAUUGAGAAGAUUUUUUUUUAAACAAAAACGGGAUUAUUACGUAAGGAUCGUCACGGUUUUUAUCUACUUAUAUAUACCAAUGAUUCAUUGCAAGAGCCGCGUUAUUUGCACGUUCGAAGAUUAUUACACAUACCUACACAACUACAUAAAUUUUGAUCGAGAUAGAAACUGUUUAAUUUUUCUUUCCGAAAAUACAGAUCAAAGUGUAUUAUUCGAAAGUAUUAAAAAACGAAGGGUUUUUAUAAUGAAAUGUUUGCUUUUUCACAAUAGAAAAGCAAACAUUUCAUUACUCUCGUUUAAACAAGUACACAAGUCUACACCCACGUAACAUACGGCCCUGAGGCAAUCCCCGGCAAAGUCUUCUGCUAGAACUCGCGGCCCUCGAGAUCGAUAGAACUCGCGUGGCGUUUCGGCUUCGAUACCUCGACACUCGGGUAUAACCAAACCUAUACGCCAUAUCAACUGCGUCUUCUGCAGCGAUUCCAGCGAUUCAUUGACGUUCUCAUUCGGAAUCCGCGAACGCGCGUGCGCAGCUCCUCCGACACAUUUCCGCCUCUCUUCCACCAACGAGUCGUGAAACGCGCAGUGGUAAAAGGCGGGCCUCGAGCAGACAGAAACACGGCUUCUUCCUCGGCCGACGGUUCCUCUCUCGAUCAUCACUCGUGCGCUUCCGCUCCUCUUUUUCUCUCUUUUUCAUCGCUCCGAAAACGCGGGACGCAUCGCAACACCGGCUAGAGUAAGAGAGAGAGAGAGAGAGAGACAAAUAAUCCCGUUGCGAAGCCAGUCCUGAGGUCGACGCAGAAGAAGAGAGACAGAGACGACGCACCAAUUCGGAAGCGCUGAGAAAAUGACGGAGACCGAGAACAUCUUUCUCUUCGUGCCGAAUAUUAUCGGCUAUGGAAGGGUCAUUUUGGCACUGAUAUCCUUCUAUUAUAUGCCAACCCAUUACGCGGUUGCAGCAUGGUGCUACAUUACCAGUGCCCUGUUGGAUGCAUUCGAUGGACAUGCAGCGAGAUACUUCAAUCAAGGAACAAAGUUUGGAGCUAUGCUGGACCAGUUGACGGACAGAGCUGGUACCAUGUGCCUCCUUGUCACACUGGCACAGUUCUAUCCGGACUACACAUUUUGGUUCCAGCUUAGCAUGGCUAUUGACAUCUGUUGCCACUGGAUCUACUUACACACGACCCUUCUGCAAGGAAAAACAAGCCACAAGUUUGUAGAUAUGUCUGAAAAUCCAAUUAUGAGCAUCUACUACACCAACCGUAAAGUUCUAUUCUUUAUGUGUGCUGGCAAUGAAGCAUUUUACGCAGCUCUGUAUCUUCUGCAUUUUACCGAAGGACCUGUAUUUGUUGGUAUCAGUUUAUUCAGAGCUGUUGUAUACUUGUCAGCACCAAUAGCAUUUGUGAAAACCCUGCUAUCUCUACUCCAUGGUUAUGUGGCUUGUAUCAACCUAAGCAUAAUUGAUGUGAAGGAACGAGAGGCAUUACGCAAAGCCAAAUAAAAGUUGUUCCAGAUAAUUUUUACUUGCUAGUCAAGAUGAAUGUGAUCAUAACAAUCUUCCCAGAAUCCAAUUCAAUGAAAACUUAUGUUUUCACGGUAUAGCAGUGUCAAACAUUUAGCAAAAUCUGUAUGUCCUAAGUGUAUGCCAUUGAUGCUGGGUUAAUUUUAUAAUUAGUUUCGAGUUAUCGAUGCAGGACAUCGAAUUUUUCAUAUUUACAGACUGAAGUUUCUUUGAGAAGAUCUGAAUUAGAACAAAAUGUUUAUUUGCAACUUACUGAUAAUUGCAUGAUUUUUAUCAUGAAAUAUGGAUCUACUUAAUUUGUGUUUUUGUUUAGAAUAAUUGAAAAAGUGUGAAUACUUUCAUACAUAUUUUUUCAACUUAAUAUACUUCUCUCAUGUUGUACCAUCAUAAGCAUUUAACUUAAUUAAAAAUAAAGUAUAUAUUUUUAAAUAUAAAAUAAAAGAAAGAGAGAGAUA